AUGCCUAAGGAAAAAGUGGACUAUGAUUACUACAACAUAGAAUUGUUUUCAUCUACUACAUGGCAAUGGAGGGAGUUUCAAAAUAUCCGGUUACCAUCAUCUGUUUAUCCUGUUUCUGAUGAGGCAGUUACAAGUGGCGGUGCCGUAUACUUCUUAUUAUCUAAUGAUACCAUAUUGCGAUUUGAUAUUUAUUCAGAAGAACAUAUACUCAUAUUUGCACCUUCUACUAUUAAUGAAUUAAAACCGUAUGCAUCGAGACUAACCAAGUUUCACGGAAAAUUGGAAUAUCUCUCUAUAAGUGGAGAUAGUUCGUGGGCUAUUUGGAUUUUCAUUCACAAUCGGUGGGUUAAAGUAGAUGUUAGUACUUACAAUGAAAGUGCACAUGAAUGGUGGGAUUAUAGAAACAAUACCCUCUAUUUCUUUAAAGGAAAUACGAUUGAGUAUGUGGUUCCGGCACAUCAUUCUCAACAAGUUUUUUCAAUCCGUUCUGAUUUUGAUACAGUGACUAUGCCAAGUAGAUAG